AUGAGUGCUGUUGUUUUGAUUAGAGAUGCCGAUGGGGCGUACAUAGAGGCUCGCGCGCUCCUGGACACGUGUGCAAAUGCGAACUUUAUGACCGCGGAUUUAGCUAAACGAUUGCGUCUCCCUACUAGGCCUUGCUCGAUUCCGAUCGGAGCAAUUAACGACUUGCGAACUACCACGAAACAUUGCGUCGAUGCCCAAUUUAAAGCGUUACAUUCGGACUUUAAUAAGCGUUUAACUUUCCUCACCGUUCCCAACAUAACUAGCGUCACUCCGGAGGAACCGUUUCCUCGCGAUUCGAUCAGGCUACCCAAGAACAUCAGGUUAGCGGACCCUCAAUUCCAUCUCCCUCGACAAGUCGACAUUUUAAUUGGUUCUGGAGCAACGUUGUCCAUGCUUUCUAUAGGUCAAGUUAACUUGUCUAGGGAAGGAAGCGAGUUAUAUCUUCAGAAGACUCAGCUAGGAUGGGUGAUCGUUGGUGGUAUUGACACCGACAAGAUUUCAACGGUGUCGUGUCAUCUUUCUCAGUUAGAAAAGCAGCUGGUUCAAUUUUGGUCUCUGGAAAAAUGCUCCAGUCCGGUUGAGCAGGCUGACGACAGGUUAGAAUGCGAGAAGUGGUAUGUCGACACCACGGUUCGACUGUCUGACGGACGGUACAUGGUGAGAUUGCCGUUUCGGAAAAAGGACCCGGUACUAGGGGACUCGAGGGCGCAAGCUCUCAAGCGGUUCCGGGGAUUGGAACGGCGAUGCAGCCGUUCGUCCGGCAUGAUGGAAGAAUUCAGUCGUGUCUUUCAGGAAUAUCUCGAUUUGGGUCAUAUGUCUUUGGUGGUCGACGAGAAUGACUCGGAAUAUUAUCUUCCAUUCUUGAUUGUCGUUAAGAUUUUGAGCCUUACUACCAAGUUUCGAGUCGUUUUCGACGCAUCCGCUAAGUCGUCGUUAGGUGUGUCUUUAAACGAUCUGUUGUACGUUGGACCUACGAUUCAGGACAAACUUUACGUUCAUCUAGUAAGGUUUCGAUCGCAUAGGUACGUUCUCACUGCUGACAUUGAAAAGAUGUAUCGGCAGAUACUUAUCCAUCCCGAGGAUCGCCGAUACCAACGCAUUUUCUGGUAUCGCGACGGGAAACUACAGGUGUACGAGUUGAACACAGUUACGUUUGGCGUAUCUUCUGCUCCAUAUUUAGCGAUUCGAACUAUUCAUAGGCUCGCGGACGACGAAAGCGCGCAAUACCCCCGAGCGGCCGAGAUUCUCAAGAGGGAUAUGUAUGUAGAUGAUCUGCUGACAGGCUCAGAUUCUUUAGAUGAGAUUUUGAAGGCGCGUGAUGAGAUAAUCACCGUCUUAAAGCAUGGUGGAUUUAACAUCCGGCAAUGGGCUUCUAACCAUAACCAUGCAUUAGAUAAUUUAGAUGAGAAGGUUCUGAGCUUGGCACCAGAUGGCGAGGACGCGGUUUUAAAAACAUUAGGCGUUUCCUGGGCCUCUAAACGCGACGAAUUGGCUAUCGUAGUCAAGCCCGUAGAAAUCCCCCCUAACGUAACUAAACGCGUAAUCUUGUCGGAGAUUGCGAAGAUUUUCGACCCAGUAGGUUUAGUAGGACCGGUAGGUUUGCACGCGAAGUGGAUCAUGCAGGAAUGUUGGAAGGAGAAAGUUUCUUGGGACGAAUCAGUUCCACAGAGUUUGUUUACGCUUUGGAUGGACUUCGCGAGUCAGUUGUCGUCUCUCUCCAGCGUUUCUGCACCACGCCAUGUAGUUUGCGUUAAUCCCUCGCGCAUAGAAAUUCACGGUUUCAGCGAUGCGAGCAAAAAGGGCUACGGCGCUUGCCUGUACGCUAGGUCCACCGAUAAAGACGAAAAGAUCACUGUACGAUUGAUCUGCUCCAAAUCUAGAGUCGCCCCUUUGAAAGAGCAGACUAUUCCCCGUUUAGAAUUAUGCGGAGCCGUGAUCCUUGUAAGACUUCUUUUAGAAACUCUUCCAGCUUUAGAAUUUUCCAUUGACCGGAUCGUUUUAUGGUCCGAUUCCACUAUAGUCUUACAUUGGUUACGGAAAUCCCCGCAAGAUUUGAAGCUAUUCGAAGCUAAUAGAGUACGCGAAAUUCAAGAAUUAGGAGAGCGCGCCAGUUGGCGAUACGUCCCUACCCAACACAACCCAGCUGACGCUUUAUCCCGCGGGCAACUCCCGAAAGAAUUCCUGCGAAACGAAACGUGGUUUACCGGGCCCACCUGGCUACGGCAAACGGAGGCUUCAUGGCCCGCGAACAUCGUCGAAUCGUCUCCGGAUAUACCCGGAUUGAAAAAAGGAGUCUGUCUCUUCGUCGACAGUGCUAAGGAUCGCAUGUUCCUAUCGCGUUUUUCUAAGCACCGCAUGAUGCUUAAUGUCGUUGCAAUAUGCUUACGAUGGCUUCCUUCGGGCCGACAGUACCGAGGAGAACCCAUCACGGUCGCGGAGAAACGCGAUGCUGAAACCCGCGUGUUUCGAAGCAUUCAGCAGGACGCGUUUUCCGAUUCAAUUGCAUGCUUGACGAAGGGUAUUCAGGUGAAGGGGUCGCAUAUUGCGGCACUUAACCCGUGUUUGGACGCGAAUGGAGUUGUACGUGUGGGAGGACGUCUGAAGAAUGCAGAUAUCCCUAUAGCUAGUAAGCACCCCAUACUAUUGCCUUCAAGGAAUCAUGUCACGGACUUGAUCAUCCGUGAAGCUCACGAGUCGAACUACCACUCCGGUGUUCAAAGCACUCUUUUCUAUUUGCGACAACGUUUUUGGUUGAUUGACGCAAAAAAUCAGGUUCGUCAUGUCAUCCGCGAGUGUGUCACGUGUAUUAGACACAAGCCCCCUCCAAUUCACUGCAAGAUGGCAGAUCUCCCGACCGCUAGGGUCACCGAAUCUCACGUUUUUUCUCACGUAGGCGUAGAUUUCUUUGGUCCCCUUUCCAUUAAAGAGAAAAAGCGAUAUAAUCGUACAGCCCUCAAGGCGUAUGGGUGCGUUUUCGUAUGCAUGGCCACAAAAGCGGUGACCAUAGAGAUAACCAGCGAUUUGACCACCGAAGGUUUCCUAGGCGCGUUCGCUAGAUUCGUAGGACGUAGAGGUAUUCCCCAGCAUGUAUACUCCGACAACGGGACCAAUUUCGUUGGGGCCAACAACCAGCUUAGGGAACUUUUCGCACUCCUCAAUUCAGAAGAGUUCAAAUCUAAGGUGAAUGCCAAAGCUCUUUCGUUAGAUAUUCAAUGGCAUUUUAACCCGCCCUUAUCUCCGCAUUUUGGUGGUCUAUGGGAGGCCGCGGUAAAAUCAUUUAAGCAUCAUCUCAAACGCGUAGUGGGUGGGCAACUUCUCACAUUCGAAGAGCUCUAUACUCUCGUGAUAGAGAUAGAAGCAAUUUUAAAUUCUCGACCCCUCUGGUCAAUCUCUGCCGACCCCAAUGACCCAAUAGCGUUAACCCCAGCUCAUAUUCUGAUAGGUAGGCCUAUUACAGUUCUGCCAAGCGCUGAUUUAACAUCUAUUCCAGAUAAUCGACUGUCCAUUUGGAAGUUCAUCACCAAAGCCCGACAGGACUUCUGGAAGCGGUGGCAUUUGGAAUAUCUCCACGAGCUCCAGCAGCGUCAAAAAUGGCAUGACUCUACUGGAGAACUACGGAAAGGAAUGGUCGUCAUCCUCAUCGAUAAAAAUCAGCCUUGUAUGGGUAUAUCAAGGCAGAUUGCAAGGCCAAGAUAUAUCAAUGCAAAUGACGAACUUGAAAGCAUACAAUUGUUAGAACCACACACAUGCUUAAAAAGCUUGAGAAAAAAGUCGUCAGACAGUUAUGUAAAAAUGCUGCUUCAUCUGGAUGUGCUACCGAACCAAGGAAGAUUUUUGAUCAGUCAUCCUGACAUAGCCGGAAGUACUUCUUUCAAAAUCGUCCAGAAAUCUAUUCAACGAGCAAAGAAUACUCCUAAUGCAGUUAGUGGCAUUAAAAACAAAUACAACUCUAUUGAAGAUUUCGCCAGAGACCUUGAAACUAAUCCAAGGCUUUUAGUACGAGUAGGAAAAGAAAGGGAGACAACUAUCUUUGCAGCAUUAAUUAAAACGUCUUCAUCCAAAACUCAUCAUUUAAUAAUAUAUGAUGAAGAAUUAUUGAAGGAAUUCGACAAUGAAAAUGAUAUGUUUAUAGACAGUACAUUUAGAUCAGCACCGGAUAUAAAAGGAGUUAAGCAAGUGCUUACAGUAAUGUGCAAAAAUUAUAACACACUAAAUCCAAAUGGUCAUGAAGUGAUCAAGAAAAUUAUUUUAAUUGCUCUUCUUCCUCCGCAUCAAAUUCCUGAAGCUAUAGACAUCAUAAGGAAAAUAAUUGAAAAGCAUUUCAAAGACAACGCAAAAAGUUUAAAAAAAUGGAAAAAAUUUGUUGUUUACUACAUUCAGAAUGAAUGGAUCAAGAAGGUGACUCCCAAAUGCAAAAAACUUAAUCCUCACACAAGUUUGUCGCUCAAGCAAAGUGAAAGUGAUCAAUCGAAAUCUUUAAUAAAGAUCAAGGAUAGAGCCAUUGUUGAUUUACAGCGAGAAAAAAAGAAGCUGGAAACUACAGUAAUGCCAGAACUGCAAACGCAUGAUGAAAUGAUGGGUGAGACGGAAACUGAAGAAGAAAUUGAUGAUUCUGAUGACGAGGAUGAAGAGGUCGAUUUUGAAGAAUUUACUUACGACAGUAGUGAAGAUUUGAGUAUGAAGGAAUUUAAUUUUGACGCAGAUAAGAAAACUAUUAAAGUUAUUGAGCAAAAGGAAGAAAGUAUAAUUCAGAGUCAAGUCAAAGGAGAAAAAGAAAAACAACGGGUCAAAAAGACAGAUACUAAGAAGAAGAUUACAAAAAGAAAGAUAAAUGUCAAACAAGAAAAGCCUUUAUGA